AUGGCUGUGAUCGAAGGUGGGGACGAGGUGACGCUGCUGUUCGGCUCGCUGCUGCUGCUGAUGGUGCUGCUGCUCGCCUGGGUCUCCACCCGCACCCGCGAGCCCCUGGAGCAGCUGUUCCCGGGCCACGCCCUCUCCCCACAGGACACGCCCCUCUCCUCCACCGCCUCUGUGGGUGAUGGUGCUCCGUCCGAGGCCCCGCCUACUGGCCCCUCCCUCCAGGAGGAGGCGGAGCGCGAGGCGGGAGACGGGGCGAGGCGGCGGGGAGCAGAGCGGAGCAUGGUGCUCCGCCUGAAGUUCCUCAACGACACGGAGAGAACGGCCCAGGUCCAACCGCACGACACCAUUGGCUACAUCAAACGAACCUACUUUGCGGGUCAGGAGCAGCAGGUGCGUCUCAUCUACCAGGGCCAGCUGCUGCAGGACGACGCCCAGACGCUGGCCUCGCUCAACCUGGCCCAUAACUGCGUCCUGCACUGCCACAUCUCCCAGAGCGCCGCCCGGGCGGCGGGGGUCCCCCGGCCCGCCGACCAGGUCCAGGUGGCGCUGAACGUCGGCAGCCUGAUGGUCCCGCUGCUGGUUCUGAUGCUGUCCGUGCUGUGGUACUGUCAGAUCCAGUACCGGCAGUUCUUCACGGCGCCGGCCACCGCCUCGCUGGUCGGCAUCACCAUCUUCCUCAGCCUGGUGGCCUUCGGCGUCUACCGCCGCUAGCUGCUCUCUGAUUGGCCCGCCGCCGUGGGCCUGCACAUUCUGUUCCAUGGAGACGUGGAGCACGACAAGGACUCUGAUCUUUAUUUUUUAGCCGACGUUUCUCUGUAACUUCUCAUCACUGUGCCUCAGUUCCUCCUGUCCGCUCUAAUCCAGAAUAAAUCACUAAUUUAUCCCGCUGA